CUGGUCAGUUCUUUGCUAUCAUUGCUCCUUACUAGAUACUAGUAUGUUUGGUGUGAUUCUUCUUGAGAGGUCAGGGAUUUGGGAUUGGGAGAAUCGGAUUAAACAGAUUCUUUGAUGCUUCCAAUGCAGAAUCUGGGCAAUUCGUCCAAGUCUUGGCUCAUGCUGCUUGUCCUUAGUCGCCCCGGAGUGAUGCCAAGCACAGGCAGGGGGUGCUUGCCGAUUUGUUCCGGCUGGUCCUUGCUCCUGGUAACAAGCCUAGGAUGCUGCUUUGGAUGGUUGACCCUGACCCCCAGCACAGAUGGGAUCACAGGCGCCUACCUCGACAUGUGAGACCCGAGCACAAGAGAAGAAUGCUCCAAGAGCGCCGAUUGCUUGGCCAAGACUGGGGACUGGUGUCGAAGCAAAAGAUUUUGACAUCGGAGACGGUUCAGUGCAAGUCAGCAGCUGAAGUCUUGAAGGUGGGUAGAAGGAGCAGAUCUCAGUCUAGAUGAACUAAGUGGCAUCAACUUGCCAUCAUGGAUCGUUGCUGUCAAUAUUUGGAAAGCCCAAAAGUCACGCCUCGGUCCGUGUUUGAUGCACUGUGGGUGACUGCAAAAGUUCGGGGAGCAAAGAAGUUUCUCGGUCUCCUGCCCCCAGCUAUCAAGUCACUUGAUGCGACUGCCGAUGGAAUGAAAUGCCAGGAAGCUGUCAUGUCACUGUGGUCUGUGGCAACGUUCCACACGUACGCACCAAGCGUAAGAGAUCAAGCUUGGAUACUGAGCGAGUGUCAGAUCUUUUGGCCAAACGCAUCCUUGCUCUUCAAGAUGAAACAAACAUCCAGGAGCUCAGCAAUGCUAUGUGGUCUGUAGCCCGGCUACCCGCUUCGAGUUCCAGCCACAGAAUGCAGCUUUUGCCUGCAAUGUUGUCCCGGUGCCGCGACUCUCUGGUGAGCAAAGAUCGUGAGAGAGACAGCCGGUACACAUUGUCAGGGCGGGGUGGUUUUGGAACAAAGCAGCAGAAGAAAGAAUCGCUUGUGCAAGAAAUGCAAGCAUUGUAGAAAUGCAAGUGCACACAGACACACUCUGUCAAAUUUUCUUGUACUCCAGUUUCUUUGGCUGCUCAACUGAUGUGCUUCCUUGCACCCUGGCCAGGAUAGCGCGCAUGGCGUGGUCUUUGUCCCUUCUUGAUUGCAAUGACGCAGUGAUUUUGAACCAGGUGUCCGACAAAUUCUUGCGUGCUGCAGUUUCUUCCCCGCAGGGUGCAUCGUUGCCCUGCUAUAUCGAUGUACUGUGCGCUUUUUCCAAAGCUUGGUGUCAUCGACGAAAAGUUGCUGGCAGUGACAGCAGGCUUACCAUGGACGCUGACUGGUUUGAGAGACUGGGAUGUUUGCGCACUGGCAUGGGCCUAUCAAGUGCUGGAUCCCAGUGAGCAGCACAAGUCCUUCCAGGUCAGGUUGUGUAAAGAAGUUUCACGGCGGAACUUGACACAAGCUCAGGUGGUUCGGAGCCAGCAUGGCUACGAGGAGUGGGAGGCCUGCCAGGCGCCACACGAAGAGGGUGCUCUUUGAGCUCGGUGGCCCCGACAUCUCCAGCUUUGGCAUGGAACUAGUCAGAACAUUUUUCCUUCAGCGGCACAGGCCUGCAAAGUUGGGAGGCCAGCUGGCACCCGCUUCCGAGUGCACGAGAAGUCCGGCCGCACCAAGCGGAGCUUGUGCAGUGUGGUCUUUGAACUUGAAGCAGGUUGCGAUGCACCGAAGGUC